AUGAUUGAUGGAGGAUGUCUUCAAAUUAAAUCAUCAAGUACUAACAUAGGACCAAUACUGGGAGCAUUGUUAGGUGGACUGCUUAUUGGUGUAGUAAUAACAUCUGGCUUUGGAUUCGUCACGUAUAAGAGAUUCCGUUCUAAUGUUGAACAGCGCAAAGAACCUCUGGUUUUGUUUUCGAUGAAUGAUACAUACGGUAGAACAAAAAAUGACGAUAUUCUUCCUGAGGAAUCGCACGUGCAUCAGCAUGAGCAGGAAAGAGUUGUCAAUGUGUAUCCUCUCACUGGAUCAGAAGAUUUGCCGGAAUACGGCAACAUUGCAAGAAAACAAAAUGUAAUGAAAGUCACAGAUGACUUUUACAACCAUUUGAACGAGAACGACAAAAACAAAGAUGAUGACAACUACGAUCACGCGUGUGCAGCAGCUACUAGCGGUCAUGUAAACGAUUUGAGCGAUUUCAGUAGUCAUCAUGGAAUAGACGACUACGAAUUUUUAACUGGAACAGGAACGAAUGUUUAUGCCAAUGUUUAAUAACUAAACUAUGUUUUGUUUUUGCCCUUCAGGCAUGUUUUCCACCCAAUCUUAAAUCGACAUACACCACCAA